ACAUUAAAAGAUAAAGACACGGGACAAUCCUUAUGGAUUCUUACGUGAAUUUAGGAUGGCACGGUAUAGUAUUGUGUACAAUAAUUAAUAAUAGCGAGUAACGCGUGUGGGUUGAGAGAUAGUAGACAUCCUGUUUGAUAGGAGACAUGAAGUUGAAUAGAUAAGGGAAAACAAUAUUCAGUUUCCCUCGGACCAGCGUACCAAACUAGGUUCCCAGGACCGUGUCUCCAUCAAGACUAGAUGACUGGGUCCAACCUGGGCAUUAUGGGCAUUAUCCUUCCAUUAUUGUGCUCUCUCCUAAUCCUGGAACAAUGCACUGGACAAGUAAUAGAUAUCGGUGGCGUAUGGGAGAUAAAGUGUCCGCAGGGAUGUUCGUGUCAAGUACUCAAAUUCACCGACCUGCCUCUACAGCAGUGGGUCAAACCGAGCACAAGAACUCAGAAUUCGGCACAAGACGAGGGAUACAAUAGUCUAGACGAAGAUCAUCCUCUGGCUAACGAGUUACUCAAAGUGGCGACAUGCGUGUUAGCGGGUAAUCCCAGGAAACUCAUGGCGAAACUUCCUUCAGAUUUGCAGGUCUUGAGUAUACUUGAGUCAGGUACCGGAACUUCGGAUAUAUUUCUUUCAUCCACUGAUCUGCAACGCUUCGUGGAAUUGAUAUCACUUGAUAUACAAGGGGUAGAGCAUGAGAAGAAAGGUGGAAUAAUAUUAUCUUCGGAUACUUUACUUCCUUUGGGCAUGACACUACUUUAUUUGAAUUUGGAACGGGUCACAUUAACUAGUCAAAGUCUUACGAAUAAGACUACCGCAAAUUUGGUAGUUAAGCCAGUGAAUACACCAAGUGAAGAAGAGGCAAAUGAUUCUGUAACAUAUACAGUGACUAAUCAUUCCUCUAGUCGAAAUGGACAUAGACUCAUUUUUCUCAGUCAACAAAAUACGGGAGAAAACGAGGACAAAGAGAUUCUGCCAUAUGAUGUUUAUAAACAGGAAGUGGAAGCUGAAGAAGAUACAGUUAUGGGUGGCCUUUUUACUGGUCUCUCUGUUUUAACUCAUCUCAGAGUAUAUGACUGUGCUGUUAAAGAUAUAUCCUGGCAUAUGUUUGAUGGUCUAUAUAAUCUACAGCAUCUCUCUCUUGAGAAGAAUGAUCUCAAAUUUAUACCUGAAUUUUGUUUCUAUGGUACACCUAACUUGAGAAGCCUAUCUUUAGCUGCUAAUAAGCUACUCACGCUUAAGAGUGUAGAUUUAGCUGGGUUAUUGAUGCUGGAGCAAUUAGACUUGACGGGAAAUAAUUUAACUUUCUUGUCAGAAUUAUCACUUCCACCAUUUCCAGCUCUAAUCACCGCAGACUUUCGUGACAACCCUCUGGAUACAAUAUUUCCAAGCACAUUUGAGAUUAUGAACACAACAACUAAACUCUAUUUGGGUGGUGAUGAUGCACCGCUGACGCUGCACAAGAAUUCUCUACUAGGAUUACGUCAGCUCGAAACAUUACAUUUGUAUAAUUUGAACAUUCCUUUAUUGGAACGAUUCAUUCUGCAAGGCAUGCCGUCUUUGUUGGAAUUAAAGAUGCGAGGAAAUGUUACUAGAAUUGAUUUUGACGCCUUUCUCGAUCUUGAUAAGAUAAUCGACUUGGAUCUUAGCCAUUGCCAUAUUCAACUGAUAUCAAUGGAUGCAUUCUACGGUUUAAAGAGUGUAAAACGUAUUGACUUAUCAUUUAAUGAUCUCGAGUUUAUUCCACCAGGAUUAUUUACAAUACAGCAACAAAAGGAGUUGAGGGAAAUCCUUUUAAGCAAGAAUAGGUUGACGACGUUGCCUGGAGACUUUUUUAAGAAUUUGCGACCACCUAAAAGGCAGACACAGAUACAGAAUUUGAGACUGGAUGGAAAUCCUUGGGACUGCAAUUGCGGUAUGAUACAUUGGAAUCCACAUUUGGUGAACAGAGUGAAGGAAAAUGCUCCCCGAUGCCUAACACCGGAAAAGUUAAAGAAUUGGGGUGUUUUUCAUGCCCUCCGUAAAGGUGGACUACAAUGCAGACGUCCAAAACGACGACACAACCACCGACUUUUUCGAAAAGUAGCAAAUUAUGAGGACAAUAAUGUUAUCAGCUAGCCAAUUAGCAGUGUUCGCGACAAUCGCGAUUUGAUGUACAUUAUUGUUCAGCUAGUAUUAAUAAAAUGCGACAAUCACGUCGAUGCAUAGUUAAAUACUUUCAAAGUAACCAGGUAAUGUCAAAAUAUAUGAAAAGCAGUGUGAACAAAUUUUUGUAAAGUACUUAUGAAACUUAUAUAUAUCGAAGAAUAUAAUUCAAAAACUAUACUCA